AUGGUGAAGCUGUUCAUCGGGAACCUGCCGCGGGAGGCGACGGAGCAGGAGAUCCGCUCCCUCUUCGAGCAGUACGGGAAGGUGCUGGAGUGCGACAUCAUCAAGAACUACGGCUUCGUCCACAUCGAGGACAAGACGGCGGCCGAGGACGCCAUCCGCAACCUGCACCACCACAAGCUGCACGGCGUCUGCAUCAACGUGGAGGCCAGCAAGAACAAGAGCAAGGCCUCCACCAAACUGCACGUCGGCAACAUCAGCCCCGCCUGCACCAACCUGGAGCUGCGGGCCAAGUUCGAGGAGUACGGCCCCGUCAUCGAGUGCGACAUCGUCAAGGAUUAUGCCUUCGUUCACAUGGAGCGGGCGGAGGACGCGGUGGAGGCCAUCCGUGGGCUGGAUAACACCGAAUUCCAAGGCAAGCGGAUGCGCGUGCAGUUGUCCACCAGCCGGCUCCGGACGGCGCCCGGGAUGGGAGACAAGAGCGGCUGCUACCGCUGCGGGAAGGAAGGGCACUGGUCUAAAGAGUGCCCGGUAGAUCGCCCGGGGCAAGUGGCGGACUUUGCCGAGGCCUAUAACGAGCAGUACGGAGCCGUGCGCACUCCCUACACCGCGGGCUAUGGGGAGACCGUGUAUUACGAUGAGGCGUACGGCGGGAUGGCCGACUACUACAAGCGCUACCGCGUCCGCUCCUACGCCACGGCCUCUGCGUACGACGCCUACGCGGAGCAGACCAUGGCCCAGUACUCCCAGUACGCCCAGUACUCCCAGGUCCAGUCCUCGGCCAUGGCCGCCACCACAGCCAUGGCCAGUCGCAUCCCCACCACCCUAGACGCGUACGAUAGAGCUCUGCUGCCGACCCCGGGCGCGGCGGCCGCCGUCGCCGCCGCCGCCACCGCCGCCGCGGCGGCCGCCUCCUCCACCUAUUACACCCGGGAUAGAAGCCCCCUGCGCCGCACGGCCGCCGCGGCCACCACCGUCGGAGAGGCGUACACGUACGAGCGUGGGCAGCUGUCGCCGGUCUCCUCGGUGGCCCGGGCCUCCCUCUACGACAUGCAGCGGUUCGAGCGGGACCCCUACGGGGAGCGGGCGCGGUACUCUGCCUUUUGAGCCGGAGGUGAGCGCCGAUGCCGGGCGGGCCGGCCCCGGCGCUGCCGACGAGGGAGCUCAGCUCCCACCCGGUGCCGCGGGGCGAGCGGCGUUCGCCGGGGACACUGGGUCGACGCCGGGCACCGCGGGGGCCGUCGGUUCCGUCCGGUGACGCCGGUGCCGGCGGGUAACGAGCCUUCCCCUGGCAGGAAGCGACGCCGCGGCGGACCACCGCGGACCACCGGGGACUUGCCGACGCCCCGGAUUCCCC